UGUUGCUAUAUAAAUCACACACUUUCCCUCCUCCGCGCCUCUCCCUCUUCACGAUUUGUUUUCUUCCUGCCCUUUCAUCUCCCAGCCGUCUCUCUCUCUACUCUCAGUCAUGUUCUUCUGGUUCGUUUUUCCCUUGCCUCGAGGAAUUAAUCAUCGAGAGUUGCCCUAAAUUUACAGUGACGCCAAGUUGCCUACUUCCUUCUCUCAAGAGGUUGGCGAUUGAAUCUAGCAAUGCUUUGUUGAUAAAACAAAGAUCCUUUGAAGCCAAUCUCAACUCUCUUGCUGCCCUUCGAAUAGUCGACUGUGAAGAGCUUACAGUGCUACCGGAAUGGUUACUAGAAAACAACAAAAGUUCUCUCCACGAGUUGACAAUUACCAAAUGUACCAAGCUUGAGCCUAUUAACAAAGAAAGACUACAAGUCCUCACAUCUCUCAUCACAUUGAGGAUAGCUGGUUGCCCAUUCCUGCUAGAUGUAUUAUGCUUACAUGAAAUUGACAAAUUAGGACCAGGAAAAUUAAUGCAACAAGUUAAUCGAAGUGUUCAUGAGAGAGGGGAUUCAGAUGCCUAAUUUACAUUUCUAACAACAUUACCUUAUUAAUUGUGGUGUGGGAUGCUUGUUUUCUUAAUGAAAGAACUAGAAGGCAGAAGAAUCGCCGAGCAUAUAUAUCUCUUUCCAUUUCAGAUGAAUGAAGAAUGAAGUGUUUAUUAAUUUAAGACGUUCUUUGAUGAUUUCCUGACAUUAUAAGAUCAAUUCGUCAUCAUCAGAUAGAUGGAGUUAAGGCUUCUACGCUCCACGAAGAUCCAUCAGUGGCUAGCUUUGAAAAGGCUGAUAGAUGUGAGUAUGGGGGUUUUAACCCCUCUUUCAGAGCAACUAACAAAGCCAUUGCCUAAUGCCAUGGUCCUAAUAAAUCUCAAGGAACUAUCAUCUGGGACUUACAAGCUUUUGCUAGAAGGAACACGCUUGGCCAUUUCUGUCUGUGGGGAUGAACCCUAUGAGGAGUUGGACAUUUUCAGGAACAUGCUUGGUUUGCAUUAUUUUGCUACCCCUUUUCUGAGAGCAACCACUUCUGAAGAGACUUCAACAAGUGUGAAUGAACAACUCAAAGAAGCAUCUGAUGGAGUAACAAUUGUUGAAGAAACUCCAAUAAUCCUGAAAAAUGAACAAAAUGCACUCUACGAAGCACCUAUGGAUGAACCACUGCAAUCUUUUGUACACAUGCUGGACUUAGAAGAUGCAUAUCCAAUCCUCUUGUAUGGAGGUGGUGCGUUGGUAGCUGUGUGGUUGGCAUCAGUUCUUGUUGGUGCCUUUGAUUCGAUUCCUCUGUUCUCGAAGGUGAUGGAAGUUGUUGGUAUUGCUUACACAAUCUGGUUUACUACCCGCUAUUUGAUCUUUAAGAAAAAUAGAAACGAGUUGUCAGAAAAAAUUGAAGAGCUUAAGGAGCAGGUUCUUGGAUCAACCGAUGAUUAAUACAUGCCGAGUCAUUUUUAUUUAUAGCUUUUCCCAAGGAAUUUUUUAUGCAUAGUUUUUGCUUUCUGUGUUAGACGGAACCAUGUAUGUAUAGUUUUAGUUAAUCAUAUGAAUCUAGUUAACAUUGUUGAAUCUUUA